GGAGGUGAAUUCCAGGACCAUCCUGUCUAACAUGUUGUCCUACGUGUGGCCCAAGGACCGACCUGAUCUACGGGCUAGAGUAGCCAUCGCCCUGGGGCUGCUGGCUGGAGCUAAGAUGACCAACGUGAUGGUACCCUUCAUGUUUAAGUAUGCUGUGGACGAGCUGAAUGGACUGUCAGGUCACAUGUUGAACCUGAGCGAUGCCCCCAGCACCGUGGCUACCAUGGCAACUGCUGUUCUGAUUGGCUACGGUGUGUCCCGUGCCGGUUCGGCCCUCUUCAACGAGCUGCGUAACGCCGUGUUUGGGAAGGUGGCCCAGAAUUCCAUCCGGCGUAUCGCCAAGAACGUGUUCCUACACCUCCACAGCCUGGACCUGGGCUUCCACCUGUCCCGACAGACGGGGGCGAUGUCAAAGGCCAUUGACAGGGGCACCAGGGGCAUCUCCUUCGUCCUCUCUGCUAUCGUCUUCAACCUGGGACCCACUGUUUUUGAGAUGGGGCUGGUCUCUGCUAUCCUG